AUGCUCUUUAUGAAGCGUGCCGAUCCGAUCCAGCUUCCGCCAACGCCAUAUGUUUUGAGUCCAAGCGGAAAGUUUGAAGGCAUUGACGGAAGUUGGUCAACAUUCUUCAUCAACGUUGGCGACGAUGGCAAAAACAACAGCAACGGCCAGAAUUUCAGAGUCCUCAUAUCCACGUCCUCACCAGCCACCCUAAUACCGCAAGAGACUGAUUGGUGUAAUGAGCCCAAUGUCGAAGACUGCGCAGCGAGUCGCGGUAUCAUGCCGUUUGACGGCGCUCAAUCAUUGGGCUUCGAUGACACCAAAUCUUCCACAUGGCAGGCCGCUGGAACAUACACAAUACCCUUACCGCCAUGGUUCAACAAAAGCGAACUGAAUGGCGAUGCAAGCGCGGUAUGGGGCACGGAUAACGUGGGCUUGGGUGAAUCCUCGCCACAAAGUACCAUGCUCUCGCAACAGUACGUCUUGAAGUAUACGCUUUCGAACUUCUUCAUGGGUUCAUUGGGAUUGGCCGUCGGCUCAACCGGUCCUCCAAGCGCACUCAAGCCGAACUUCAUUGAUAAUUUUUACGGAAGCGCACACAAGAUCGCGAGUCGCUCAUUCGGAUACACGGCUGGCGCUUACUAUCGUAACAACCACGGAGUACUUGGAAGCUUAAUAUUGGGUGGUUACGAUAAAGCACGAUUGUCUGAGCAGGGCGUCGAGAUAGGCAUGCCUAGUGUACAGGACACGACGCUCGCUGUUGGCGUCAACUCCAUCCUUUACAGGCCAGACCAGGGUACCGACACCGAUACCAGAUCUAUCACAAACCAAAGUUUCCCCGCCGUCAUCGACUCUACCCUCCCAUACCUCGUCUUGCCUGACGAGGUUUGCGAUCGUUUCGUUAUCGAAUUCGGCCUAGGGUUUGACGACUUUAGUCAACUGUUCACUGUCAACGACACAUCUCACGAACAGAAUCUUCGAUUCAACGCGACUGUAUCGUUCAAAAUCAGCGCCAACGCCAAUACUGACAGCGCGAAGUUCACUUCCAUCGUUCUACCAUACUCCGCGUUAACUCAACAAGCGGGCUUCCUGUUCUUCACCAAUGAAACGCGAUAUCUUCCCAUAAAGCGAGCAGGAGACGGACAAUCUGUCUUGGGACGCACGCUGUUGCAGGAAGCGUACCUUGUUGUUGAUUAUGAGCACCAGAACUUCACUAUUGGUCCAGCUGUAUUCUCUGAUCCGAUGCCAACCCCAAGCCUUGUCACUAUCUUUGACAAAUCCUUUACUGGGCUGCCUGUUCCGAACAACCCUGACUCUGGAGGUGGGCUCUCAGCUGGUGCGAUUGCUGGAAUCGUUGUUGGUAUAGUUGGCGCCUUCAUCAUAGUUGCCAUCGGCGUCUUCUUUUUGUGGAGAAAACGCCGGCAGGCGAAGAAGGAGAAGGCUAAGGAAGAAGCGGAGAAGCCCUCCGAGAUUGACACAACUUAUGCAGGCACUGAGAUCAAACAUCGCCGUAUCUCAGAGCUUACUGGUUCCGAAGCUCUCCAGUCACCGAAAGACUCUACAACUGGUUACUACAACGCUGAUCACAAGUCUAUCCCCCCUAUCAGCGAACUGUCACCCGAAAGCACUCCUGCCGAGCUUUAUAGUCCUCCACCCGAAGGCCGUGAAACUGUCGACUAUUUUGCCGCUGGUAGGACGCGACACCAGGGUGGGCCCAGCGAUCGCGGCUCGUCCGGCAACAACACACCGCGCACGCCAAUUGCAGAACUCCCUGGUGAAGAUGCGAUAAGCUCCUUGCCCAAAAAGAACGAAGACCCGAAACCGUUUCAGAAACCUCCGCACAGUCGAAGUCCGAGCGACAAUUCACUUUCCACUAACAUCGAUGAAGUAUUGGCGAAGAAGAACGCGUCAGAAGCGGAGCCUGGUACUGAUGCGGCCAACUCGGAAGCAGAGCCUGGUGCGCCAGCUACUGCGGAGGAGAUUGCUAGAGCGAAGGCAGGAGCACAAGCUGGAAACACUGAACAUGCGGAGGAAUCUACAAUGCAUCGACGGCCGUCACACACUAGGGGACUGAGCGACACGACUAUCCAAAGCGACAGCACAGCGGUCUCACAGCCAACACCUGAAGAGCUAGAACGCUGGCGGAGAAGUGAAGACGACCCGAACAGACCGAUGUCACCAGCUUGA